GUGAACUGUUUACUUUGCAAUCUUAUGAGAUUUGUUAUUGUGAGUUCAUCUCAAUUUUCCUUAUGUUUUUCCUUUUUUCCCUAUUGCAGUCUGAUGUUAAUACAGUAUGCUUUGCUGAUGAAAGUGGGCAUCUCAUAUAUUCUGGUAGUGAUGAUAACCUUUGUAAGGUUUGGGACAGGCGUUGCUUUAUUGCAAAGGGACGUCCAGCAGGGGUCUUGGUGGGACAUUUAGAAGGCAUUACAUUUCUCGACAGUAGAAGAGAUGGUCGUUAUUUUAUUUCAAAUGGAAAAGAUCAAACAAUCAAACUAUGGGAUAUCCGGAAAAUGUCUUCAAGUGCUAGCUGCAGCACAACAUUUAGAAAUAAUGAGUGGGAUUACAGAUGGAUGGAUUACCCAGACCAGGCAAGAGGUUUGAAACAUCCAAAUGAUCAAUCGUUGGCUACAUAUAGUGGUCAUUCAGUACUGCAAACUCUUAUACGCUGUUACUUUUCCCCAUCUUAUAGCACUGGCCAAAAAUACAUCUACACUGGAUCUAGUGACGGUUAUGUUUAUGUUUAUGAUUUGGUAAGUGGAGCCCAAGUUGCAAAGCUAGACUACCAUGCAUCAACUGUUAGAGACUGUAGUUGGCAUCCUUCCUACCCAAUGCUUGUCAGCUCUUCAUGGGAUGGGGUGAUAGCCAGAUGGGAAUUCCCUAGUACCGGGAAAGCGUCACAGCCAUUGGUUAAGACAAGAAAGUGGAGAGGUUUAUAUUGAGUUACAUCCAUUGGGUGUCUCAAGUAUAUUGUACAAGUGUUUUAUAUGUAUAUGGGCGUUUGGUGUUUCAAUUUAGUUAUUUCGUGGCCAGAUGAAAGAGAAAUAUUUUAAUCUUUCUUUUCAUUCCAGUAAUUUGGCUGCAGUCUGCAAGCUUACAGCCAACUUUGUAGAAAUUAGAAACAACUAGAUUCUUGCCGCUUCUUGUAAAAAGCUUCAUGAGAACAAAAAUUUCAAAUAUAUUAUGCGAUACUGAGCCAAAUUCUCGGACUCCAUAAUAUUACUAAUAUGUGCUCAUGUUGCCUAAA